UGUUUAUGACUUCGUACGAAAACAUUUGGAACUAAAGAUAGCAGCUAAGAUGAGACUUAAAUUGUUCUUUAUUCUGUUGUUGAUUAUUCUAGCAAUGGUUUUAUUAAUGACGAAAGUCAGUGCCAAACGAUGGGCUGAUGGAGUAGAUGGAGUGUGUGCCUAAUCACUUUUUAUAGUGUUAAAUUAUACCAAUAAAGAUGAUGUAGCAAGCUUAGCGAUAGUUGAUUUAAACAAGUAAAUUCAUUAUUUUUGAGAUACCAGCUGAUCUCAAAGCGUAGAGCUCUGAGAUACACUACUCACAAUGCAGGCAGCCGAAACUGAGCCCAAGCGUACCAAGAGUUAUAUUUAUGAGGUAUACCGACUUUUAGAGGAAAAGCCAGGGGUUGAAGAAAUAUUAAUCAUGAAUCGUUCCGGUGUGCCGAUCAAAACGUCAAUGGAACGCCAAGACGCACUUCAACAUGCCUGUCUUUAUGAGAAUUUGCGUGAAAAGUGUCAGGCAUUUCUAUCAAAAAUGGAGCCACCACAGCUCCUGACCAUGUUGCGAGUCCGUACUAGAUUCCACGAGGUCCUGCUAACACCUGAUGGCAAGUGCAAAAUCCAAAGGAUACACAUCUUAAGGUUGAGGAUCUAAAUCGUCAUUCCUCCAAUUUUUAAAUAA